UCAUGGGCUCUGACCGCCUCCAGCUAUCCCGCAGCCCAGGGGAACUGGGCUCUUCCUACAGCCCUCUGAGGAAAGGGUUUCCACAGCAUUCUUCAGCUGCGACUUCUGUAGGAGCCCUCACAGCUGGUGUCUGUUGGAAACCAGGUUGCAUGUUUUUCACUGUGUGUGUGAAGGAUGCAGAGAGCACGCAGUGAUUUCACAGCCCCCUCUGCAGUCAGACAUGGACCGUGAUUAUGGGCAUGGAGGCUAUGGUGGGCCACGAUCCAUGGACUCUUACCUUAACCAAUCCUAUGGGAUGGAGAGUCAUGGAGGUGGAGGCGGAGGAGGUGGUGGUGGUGGUAACAGGUUUGGACCUUAUGAGUCUUACGACUCCGGGUCUUCUCUGGGUGGGCGAGAUCUGUACAGAUCUGGCUAUGGUUAUAAUGAACCCGAACAAAGCCGCUUCGGAGGUAGUUAUGGUGGUCGAUUUGACAACUCCUACCGGAAUAGCCUUGACUCUUUCGGAGGUAGAAACCAGGGCGGGUCUAGCUGGGAAGCACCUUACUCCCGUUCAAAAUUGAGGCCUGGGUUUAUGGAGGACAGAGGAAGAGAGAGUUACUCUUCCUACAGCAGUUUUUCUUCACCCCAUAUGAAGCCUGCACCUGUAGGCUCUCGGGGGAGAGGAACGCCUGCUUAUCCUGAAAGUGGAUUUGGAAGCAGAAACUAUGAUGCUUUUGGAGGACCAUCAACAGGCAGAGGCCGAGGCCGAGGACAUAUGGGAGACUUUGGAGGAAUGCACAGACCUGGAAUUGUUGUUGACUAUCAUAACAAACCCAGUCCUGCAGCAGUUGCUGCAAGAGGAAUAAAAAGAAAAAUGAUACCACAGCCGUAUAACAAACCUGGUGGGACGUUCAUCAAGAAACCCAAAAUGACAAAACCCAUUUUGAAGCUGAGCCAGAAAAAACCACCUAACAUGAAGACAUCAUUCCAGGAUUCUACUAUAGAGGAAAUUGAAGUGGACACAAGUGGUGCAGUUGUUAUAUAUGAAGACUUUACGAGAGAUGCUUAUGAUCUUGGCUAUCAGACUUUUGGAGAUGGCAAAGGAGAAGCCAAAAGUGAGGAAGAAGAAAAGCGACGGAUCGAGGCCAGAAGAGAGAAGCAAAGGCGUAGAAGGGAGAAAAACAGCGAAAAAUAUGGAGAUGGAUACAGAAUGGCAUUUACUUGCUCAUUUUGCAAGUUUCGAACGUUUGAAGAAAAAGAAAUCGAGUCACAUCUGGAGAGUGCAGCUCACCAGGAAACAUUAGAUCACAUCCAGAAGCAAACCAAAUUUGACAAAGUAGUGAUGGAGUUUCUUCAUGAGUGUAUGGUGAAUAAAUUCAAGAAGACAGCUAUGCGUAAGCAACAGACAAGUAACCAAACAGAAAAUGCUCAAGCUGCUGAAAAAGAUAUAAUGGAAGGGGUUACUGCUGAUGACCAUAUGAUGAAAGUUGAGACUGUUCACUGCAGUGCUUGCAGUGUGUAUGUUCCUGCGUUACACAGUUCUGUUCAGCAACACUUAAAAUCUCCUGAUCACACAAAAGGAAAACAAGCCUACAGAGAACAAAUUAAAAGGGAGAGUGUUCUUACUGCCACCAGUAUCUUGAAUAAUCCUAUAGUCAAGGCACGAUAUGAGCUGUAUGUGAAGGGUGAAAAUCCUUUUGAAAUUAAUGAUCAGGCUCAGGAGCAGCAGGCAGAAGAAGAGGACAAAGCUGAUGAGCCAGCUGAGGCGGAGGAAGAAGAGGAGGAAGAAGAGGAAGAAGAAACUGAAGAACAGACUGACUUCACUUUAGACCACACUGAAGAUAACUAAGUGGAAGAAAAUGAAACUAUAUUAAGGGGGGGGCAAAACAGCUUUUUAUUUCUGCUCUAAAGUGGCUAAGACUUUUUAAUAGUCUCAGAUGACAUUGAAGAUUCCCCACCAUAUGCAUGCAUUCCAUUCCGUGGAGAACUUGUUUAUAUAAUUCCUCUGUGUUUCUGAUUUUGUUUAAAAUGAAAUUAAGACUAUUUUAGUUGAGCUUUUUAUAGAAAACUGACUGUUAAAGCUGAUUAAAACAUCGUGUUGUAUAUUUUUUUAAGCAUCCUAUUUUUUUGGUGUGUGUAUUGAAAGUUGGAUAUAAUAAUAACUCUCGGUCUAAUCAGUUGAGAAGAAAGGCUGGUCUGUGGGGUAAAUGUAUGAAGUGCUGUAUGGCAUAAGCAUAUAUUUCCCUCUUAGUACAGAAUGAGUAACUUCAAAAACCGUGCUGUUGAGUGUGGCUGUUUCGGGGACUGCAUUGCACUCUGUAUAAUAGAGUAUGUGCUAUAAUAUGCCUUGUAGCUUUUUGUGAUAAGAUGUACCAGUUUGUAGCAAUAAAACACAUAAUGUUACUGUUUAAAA